CCACCUUUCUGUUCACCUCCAGGCUACUCAAUUAAUCCAUUACGAAAGAAGACUCCGGCAUCAGUCGUUUGGGACUAACGCCCUUUCCGAUUCCGGAUGGGUCCAAAUACGGCUCUCUGACUUUGCUAAUCUAAUGGGUCGACCACGCGGCUGUCGAGGCUGCAUUGACGUCCACAUUCAGUGUGAUGGCAGAGCCCCUUGCGCACGAUGCAAAACCCUGAAAUUGCCUUGUUUGCGCCCUGUGCGAGCGAUCGAGUUUCGCGAUGAAGGCCCCGCCCUGCGGGAGAAAUAUCAGUCGACGCCGCAGCCUUCUUCACGCCUCAAACUCAAAUCGGACUCGGAUGCUCAAGGCGUCCUUCCUUCUGAAUCGGGCCGGUCCAUUGUCCAGUAUCAGCCGAUUGCCUUUCUUAUUGACAAGACGGUGUCGCAUUCGCUGUCCGUCACCGCCAUCUCAGCCCUGCAAACCCAAGUAUUUACCAAUUUUGUCCUCUCAUCCCUCCCCUGUUAUUACAAAUCAACCGAAACGCAGGUGCCGGUCAAUUGGGUAGAAUACGUCGGGGGAAGGCGAAGAGCCAAUUCUUGCUUCGACUGGGCUCUUCGUGCCUGCAACACCUCCUUCACGGCUGCCAUGCACAAUGACCAGCGACUCUUGGACGAAUCCAGAGUGUUGUAUACCCGAUCCUUGCAGAGCCUCCGCGGAAUGUUGAGCGACUACUCAACGGCCAAAUGGGACGAUACCUUAGCAGCAGCUAUCUUACUCGCACUCUAUGAGAAACACCACUGUACCGAUGCGGACUCGUGGCUCAGACAUGCAUCGGGAAUCCGGAUGCUGUUGAAGCUCCGUGGCCCGUCGGCUCAUCUUCAUGGGUUCGGUCGCGCCUUGUACCUCGCUUAUCGAAGUUUCUUGGUCACAGAGGCUCUGAUUUCCGGUGAGGAAUGCUUCUUGGAGGAGCCCGAGUGGCAGGUUCUUAAUAAAGAGAUCGCGGCGGAUAAUGCUAAGCUACCCGAUUCGUCUUUGUUUACAGAUGUCGUGGACCGUGGCUUUCUGGAGAUCCUACAGAUCCCUGGGCAUGUAAAACGAGUGCGAGAGUUACUUGCCCUCCCAUUGGACGAACGGACUAAGCUUCAGCCGGGCGCCAUGCAGGGUGUCCAAGCCACCCGCGCGGCACUUCGAGGGAUCAACACGGAGCUUGGUAUUUCGAUAUCGAUGCGUCGUGCUGGUCAAGGCGCCCAGAAGACCUUCACUGGUCCUUCUCCACCCUUCUUCCUCGACGGCUCCUCGUCAUUUUUCGCGAGUGGCAUUCGGUCGGGUCUAAUGAUUCUCAAUCAAUUGGUCAUCGCCAUGGAUCCGACACAGCGGAAAACGCUCGACUCGGAAAACUAUGUUCUCUCUGGGGGUUGUUCGAGCCCGGCCAGCUCUGAAGGCCCUGUGAAAUGCCCUGCAACAUCCUCUGACUCGCAAUCGCCGAAGCUCGUGGUAGAGUCGUUGAUCACACCCAUGUACAGGAAACCACCGACGACAGACUGGAUGGAUCACCUUACAUCGACGAUGGGCAUGGAUGGCGUACGGGUGAUGCUGCUUGAAUGACUUUGGAAUAUCAGUGAUACUUUUGUUAUAUUUGAACCCGGGGUUUUAUUGCUUAUAGUUGCAGCACUCCGUGUUGUCUUUUUUGAUACCCCUGUCUUUUAACGAAACUGUGGUCAAUGGUGAUAUAAUGCUUGCUCUGUGGGAAGACCCCAAUUUUCUAUUUUCUCUUCCCCCCUCCCUCCAUCUCCUUGUUCGGCAGCCGUUGGUAUAUAAGCCUUUGUGAAUAUAUCGUGGUGAUUUUCCAAUCUAGCUCGCGUGUUUCCAUGACCGCCGUCAUUGUCAACGCUGUUUCUCUUUUUUACCCUUGUACAUCUCUAUUACCUAAACGGCCUAGCUUUUGGUCUCCUUGUUCUUCUCUAAUAUUGUGACUUUCACUGGAGGCGAAUAAACUUCUCGUUGACACGGGUGGUUUUGCUUUUAUUCUGAACUACCUCUGCUUUUCAUCUGCUUGGGGGCAAAG